CGACAUUUCUCAUGUGCCACCAUCAUCCUUCGGUGGUUCUGUAUGACAGAAUCGGUCAAUAUGGCGGCGCACAGGGUAGCAUGUUUAGGUUUAAAUGCCCUUUACUCAACUGUCUGCGCCCCAAAGCAGGCCCUGAGGAGCUGUUGGGGGGCAGUGGAGCAGGUGAGGAGUUACUACGUCGACUGGAGGAUGCUUAGGGACGUGAAGAGAAGACAGAUGGCUUUUGACUAUGCUAAUGAGAGGUUACGGAUUAAUGCACUGAGGAAGAACACCAUCCUACCCAAAGAGCUUCAGGAGGUGGCUGAUAAAGAAAUCGCAGCCUUACCAAGGGACAGCUGUCCUGUGAGAAUACGCAACAGGUGUGUGAUGACAUCAAGGCCCCGGGGGGUGAAGCGGAGGUGGCGGCUGAGCCGAAUUGUCUUCCGCCACUUGGCUGACCACAACCAGAUGUCCGGGAUUCUGAGGGCAAGGUGGUGAUUGGGGAUCCAUUGGACCCUACUGUGGGCUUGGGAUAUAGAGAAAAAGGCUGUGUUAGUGGUUAGUGUCAUAAUCAGAUUUUUUGUUUAAAGUGAAUCGAGUGAGAGGGCUGCAAGUACUGCUGCAUAUUUUUUUAUAUUCUGAUGAGAUCUUUUGGUAGAUUAUUUGCUCUGUUUUCUUGUGGCUCUUCUAAGUAUGAAAACAACUAAAGACAAAAUAUUUAAAGAGAAAAAUAUACAGUGACUUCUCGGAAGGGUGAAUGUUGAUAAGACUUCAAAACCCAAUGGAUGAAUAAAAUAUUAUUGUACAUAA